UUGCCUAGAGAUGGCGGUGAUCUCGAACGACUCCGAAAUGGAUUGUUCUCAACCUCGGCGGUCGAUCGGAGCAGAGGUGCUCGGAGAAGCCAUUGAACAAAGAGGAGACAUCCAGAAGAAGCGAAUGAAUUGUUGGUGAACCUGCCCGCGGAGGCUGGGCUGAUAAUGGAGGAGGUUUAAAGGCGACACGAGGCACCCUAAGAACUCCACCGGGAGAAUCCGAAGCGGCGAGACGCGAGGUUCGGUUCAAGGUGUCAGCCUGCCUGAAAUGUGCUGAAAUGGCUGAAAUGCACGAUUCAUCUGGGCAUCACUGCUGGCACCUCGGCUCCAACAUCGUGGCAUGUUCCCACGGCGCAUAGCAGGUCCGAGGGUUGAGCACCUCUCGUUUUCUCUUUAUUCCAAUAUUUGGAAUCUUUUUGAAUAUGACACGAUUGCAUCGUUGGAAACUUAACAACUGUCAAAAUUAAUUAGACUCCUGAUAUUUGCAUAGGAGUAGUUGCGGAGCAGCUACACAAUUUUUCUGGAAUGUUGUCGAUGUACCAUCGAUUAUAUAGAAGUGUAAAUUUCAGUCGAAAGAAAAUGUCACGACCGUGAAGCGCGGUUUGUAGAAGAUCUUUGUGCCUCGAGGUAACGGAGAUAAUGGAAACAUCAGAGUAACGUCGACAAGGAGCGGACAAGACUCGACAAACGAUCGUAAAAUGCCAGUUGGCUAUGGUUCUUGAUCGACGGACUUGUUUCGCCGCUGACCACGACGAUGAGUGCAAGCUAUUUUGAUCUGCCUCUUAAUAUGGAUAGAGUAUGUCGAGUCUGUCUAUCCGAAGGCACUAAUUUAUCUCCUAUCUUCUGCACCGAUCAAGAAGUCGAAGACUUUUCUGGACUUCCGCAGAAGAUUCAAAUUUGUGGCUCCAUAGAUAUCCACGAACAGGACGGUUUGCCAUCUCUGAUCUGUGACGUGUGCAUCUACAAAGCAAGCGUUGCGCAUGAAUUUCGACAGCAAUGUCAACACUCCGACGCUCGUUUAAGACUUUACUACAACAAACCAGCUAGGUGUAACGUGACGGAUUCCAGUACGCAGACGGAGCCUCAAACGAGAAUAGUAUUAACAAAGAAGCCCGCCUGUCCGCAAGCGAGUUAUUUUAUUAAACAAGAGAUGCAGUCGGUCGCUUCGCAGAAUUUCUCCAUGAUGAACGAGCCCUACGUUCCACCAAUGGAGAACGAAUCGGAGAGUCAAAUUACCAUACAGGAAGAGAAGCUCUUUAUGUGCAACAUAGGCUACGAGGGGCCAAAAGAGCUCGAGAAGAUCCCCGGUAUACCCGGGGACGCUCCGCGACAGCCUCAGGGUCCGCAACUCGCCCCCGGGGUGGCUCGGUCGGACGAACCUCGGCACGAUCAGACGGACGUUCGGCUCCCAUCGGAGGCGCAGCGGAAAGACGGAGAGGUCACGUCGGGAGACGCACUCGAGCAACGACCGGUGGACGUCCGAGUCGACGAGGAGGAGAAAUCCCCGCCGAAGCGAACCUCUAGCAGGAAAGCGAAGAUUCUCCGGAACAAGACCUACAGCGACAACGAGGCGGACGACGAUUUCUACGAGCCCAGCAGCGACAGUCAGGACUCGGAGGAGACCAAGUUCAAGUGCAAGAUCUGUUCGAAGCGGUACACCACGCAGAAGGGCCUGAAGAAGCAUUCCCUGGUUCACGAGAAGCAGCACAAGUGUAACGUGUGCUUCAAGAUGUUCUACAAGCUGGAGAACAUGGAGAAACACAAAAAGAUCCACGCGUCGAGGCCGCACGCUUGCCAGUUCUGUCACGCCUCCUUCUCGAAACCGCAGAGUCUGACGCGCCACCUGAAGUCGCACAACGAGAAGCCGAGCGACGGCAUCGAGCGGGUCGGGAACGAAGACGCCAAAGUCGAGGAUACCUCGAAGAAGGACGCGAAGAGCGAGGAAGACACCGACGACGAGAUGGCCGGGUCGAACGAGCCGGACGAGUUCGAGAACGCCCCGGAGCUGUACAAGUGCGAGAUCUGCAGCCAGUACUGCUCCUCCCUGAAGAACCUGAAGAGACACGCGCUGGUCCACGGGGAUAAGAAGUACUCGUGCACGGUCUGCAAGAAGUGGUUCUUCAGGCCGGACACGCUGAAGAAGCACGCGGAGAAGCACGGCCACGGCCUGCUGGACAACCUCGCGGAGGACAACAAGCUCUUCGACUCGGACGACGAGCCCUUUGGGAACGGCGCUGCCGCGCGGCUGCCCGAGGGUGCCAAGCGGGAGGAGAGCGAGGAGGAGGGGACGGGCGAGUACAAGUGCCAGCACUGCGACAAGGUGAUGGCCACGAAGAAGGGCCUCCGGAGGCACGUCUCGAUGCACAAGCCCAAGGCCGAGCCGGUGACGUGCGAGGUCUGCAAGAAGGUCUGCGCGAGCCAAGCGCGACUGGUCCUCCACCAGAAGACGCACAACAAGCCGAAGGAGAAGGCGCCCCGGGAGUACCUCUGCCACAUCUGCAGCAAGGUCUACCCGAGCAACUCCUCGUUGACGUACCACAUGAGGACGCACACGGGCGUGAAGCCGCACGUCUGCAAGACCUGCAACAGCGGCUUCACCACGACCACCAGCCUGGCGAACCACAUCCGCAUCCACACCGGGGACAAGCCCUUCGUCUGCCACGUAUGCAGCGCCGCCUUCGCCGUCAGCUCGGCCUUCCGGCGGCACCUAACCCGGCACACCGGCGAGGCCAACUACCUCUGCAAGACCUGCGGCAAGGCUUUCAAGAGGCUCAGCACGCUCAAGGAGCACACCUACACGCACUCGGGCGAGAAGCCCUACGUCUGCAAGACCUGCGGGGCCGCCUACAGCCACAGCGGCAGCCUCUUCGCUCACCAAAAGAGGUGUCGGGCCCAGUACGGCGAGAUGGUCGUCGAGGACCACCAUCACGCCGUGGCCCACCACAUUCACGUCAACAACGUCCAGACCGCCGUCCGGUCCCUGGCCGUCAUAGGCCAGAUGUUCUGAGACGUCCGGAAGUCAAGUAUUAUUUAGACGCCAGUGCACAUUUACGCGAACGCGCCUAAGGGGCUUGCGCGAUGGAUUCGGUUUCUCUUUUAAGCGCGAGUAGAUCUUUCCUCGUUGCGCGAUGCGUUUACCGUGCCGGCUAGAGAACGUAAUCGGUACGUCGUUAUCCCCAUUCUUGGCCCACUCAGGCCCACCGUUCGUAGCGAUUCCACGUUUGUUUGAACCUCUUUACUUGAAUAUCGACUUCGUCGUUUCUUCAAAACUCCUCUCUCCUGUACAUUGAAAUCGGCACGAUACGGCUUUACUUUCGUUCAUUGGAUUAAGGUGAAGUGAAACUACCUUCAAAUUAGUCGAUUCGAAUACAACACUUCUUUUUAAGGGUAUUAGACCAAACUGUCUGA